CGAAAGCGAAGCACUAAGCGAAGUAUUCAGUUGAAGACAGAGUCCUGCGGCUUUUUGUUUUCGAUUUGAUCGGAUGCCGUCUCUUUUAUGUUUGCCCUGCGGAUGUCAAAACGUAAUCUGUGAGCUGACUGCAUUUAGACAGCUGAUAUCCAAAAAUGGUUGGUGUGCCGGGUAGAUCCAAGGCAUGCGUCACCUGUCGAAGGCGGAAGAAGGGUUGCGAUAAGAAAGUACCCUUCUGCGGCCAGUGUCUUGCCCUAGGUAUCCCAUGCGAAGGAUAUGAGCGUCAGCAAAUAUGGCUCAACAGCGAAGGGUCCAUGCAAAAGUCAUACACUAAAUCUCCCUCACGAAGUCCGUCCUCAUCGCCUGCAAGCUCAACCGAAGGAUCGGUGGUAAUACUUCACGAUUCACUUACAAGGACAGCCAGAGCUCAAAAGUUCACUGGCUUGUUUUGGUCGGAUUAUCUGUCCGGUGGAAGUGGUUACUCCCUGAAAGCCUCUGGGAUAACGAGCACUAAGUGGAUGAAGCUUUAUGAGGCUCUAAGUGAUGUUGAAGCUAGUCUUCAGUACGUCGCUAUGGCGCUCAGCACCGCAACGCUUGGCGCCACCAACAACGAUAUACAGCUCAUGGGCAAGAGUCAACAGGCAUAUGGAUUAGCAAUGCAACAGAUGGCAACGUCAUUUAUAUCUCCAUCACGAAACAAGGAUGGCAUUCUCGCUGCUAUUCAGCUCAUGCGAGUAUACGAGCAAUUAUUCGGAACCGGCAUUUCAGCUGCUCAAAAGAACUCGCCCGUGUCGCAGAUCAAGGGUUUCAGAAAGCAUAUAGACGGCGAGACUGCUCUCAUUUUAAGUCGUGGCCCUGAAGAUUCCUGGUCCGCCAUAGGAAAACAGCUUCUUGCAGAUGGCCGCCUAACUCUGAUCAACGCAUACAUCUCACGACGCAAGCGAUCACCUUACAACAACGGCUGGAAACAAUCACCACUAUGGCGCUCAGUAACCAACUCCCCUCUCAAUCAACUCAUCGAUAUCUUGGUUGAAGUACCAGCGCUUCUAGAAGACCUGGACAUCUUCCGAGAAACGCUAAGCGUCGAACUUUACAAUUCGAUUCUGGCUCGAUGUCGCACCUGCGAGGUUGAGAUGUUAGCCCUGGGCUUGAGCUUUGGAGAGGCGCUUACUACUUACGACUAUACAUAUACGAGGGAGCCCUUACCGGUACCGAAGAAUGAUGAUGAUCUUGCGAUUGUUUAUCUGAGCUGCUACUACUGGAUGACUUGCCUGUUUAUAUACUCGACAUUGGGCUUCUGCGAACUCGAAUCCAUGGACAUAUUUGAAAGAGGGCCCAUACUGAAUUAUCCGAGCCAACGGAUUGCGAUGUCUUAUGCUUACAAGAUUUCUCACGCCAUACACCUGCUAUUUGACCCGCCGGCUGGGACAUACAGCUCAGCAGCCGCAUUCUUCCUCCUUGGGACUGCUCUACGAUAUUUGAUCAUGAUAGAGACCCAUGGCGGAAAUAAUAUUAUUAGCAAGGAGAGGAUGCUUCUGGUGAACAUAUUCACUCGACCAUUCCUAGGGAGCUUUGUUGGGAGGUUUCUUCAGAACCUACAGGCGGAUGACGGUAUUGACUAUGGCUAUCCUCCGGACAUCCUCUUAGGGAUGAGGGGUAUUGAGUAUAGAGCAAGAGUCUGGUGGUGCGGAUUGCUGCAGGCUGGAUUGCCAGAGUUCACACUAGAGGAUCCAUGCUAUCCGUCAAAAUGACAAUUUGUGUUACAUGUGUUACUUUCUCAAACCAUAUACAAAGGAGCCUCCAAGCCAUCAUGGCAAACGAGCGUGUUGAACUAUUCAUCCAGUC